AUGGCCUCCACCGCUGCUCUCCUGCUGGCCGCCGCUCUGCUGGGCUCGUCCCGCGGUUUCAAUCUGGACUCGGAGAACCCCUCGGUGUACUUCGGGGCUGAGGGCAGCUACUUCGGCUUUGCCGUAGACUUCUUCUCCUCCUCCCUGCUGAUCGGGGCCCCCAAAGCCAACACCAGCCAGCAUGGCAUCAGCCAAGGUGGGGACGUGCUGAAAUGCGACUGGAGGAAUGCCAACUGCAAGCCUAUUGUCUUCGACGGCACCGGCAAUCGGUACUUUGCCAAAGACGACCCCAUCGAGUUCAAAUCCAACCAAUGGUUUGGGGCAUCCCUGAGGGUCAAAGAUGAGAAGAUCCUGGCCUGUGCCCCCCUGUAUCACUGGAGGACUGAGAAUGCCAAGCAGGAAAGGGAGCCAGUUGGGACUUGUACUUACUUGAAGGAUGGAAGCAAGAUUGUAGAAUAUGCGCCCUGCAGAUCAACGAGCAAAGUGGACGCCCAGGAGCAAGGGUUUUGCCAGGGCGGGUUCAGCGUCGACUUUACCAACACCAACCGGGUCCUGCUAGGAGGCCCUGGCAGCUUCUACUGGCAGGGUCAACUAAUUUCGGACAAAAUCGACGAAAUCUUUACAAAAUAUGACCCCAAGAAAUACACCAUCCCAUAUAGCGGGCAGCUGGCUACGCGCUCCGCCAGCCCAAUGUAUGACGACAGCUAUUUGGGGUAUUCUGUGGCCGUGGGAGAUUUUAACGGUGACGCCAUUGAUGAUUUUGUCUCUGGGGUGCCCAGGGCAGUGAAGACCUUAGGGAUGGUGUCUAUUUAUGAUGGCCAGUCCAUGGCUUCGCUGUACAAUUUCACCGGAGAGCAGAUGGCUGCCUACUUUGGUUAUGCCGUAGCGACGACAGAUAUCAAUGGCGAUGGACUGGUUGAUCUGUUUGUCGGAGCUCCCCUUUUUAUGGACCGUGGAUCCGAUGGGAAGCUUCAAGAAGUCGGGCAAGUUACCGUUUAUAUUCAGCAAAAAAAAGCAGGGCUUCGAUUUUUAAUAAAGCUGACUGGAUUUUAUGCAUUUGCAAGGUUUGGCAGUUCGAUCGCGCCUCUUGGCGAUAUGGACCAAGACGGUUUCAAUGACAUUGCCAUUGGGGCACCCUAUGCCGGAGAGGGUAAAAAAGGCCUUGUGUACAUUUACAAUGGAAGAAGCUCCGGUAUUAGCACAGCACCCUCUCAAGUUCUUGAAGGACAGUGGGCAUCUAGAACAAUGCCACCAAGUUUUGGAUACUCUUUGAAAGGUGCCACUGAUAUUGAUGAAAAUGGCUAUCCUGAUUUAGUGGUUGGGGCUUUUGGGGCAGAUAAGGCUGUACUAUACAGGUCUAGGCCUGUUGUCACAGUGAAUGCUGUUCUUGAAGUGAAUCCAUCAAUACUGAACCCCGAAAGUAAAACCUGUUCCCUUCCAAAUGGAGCUACGGUUUCCUGCUUUGAUGUGAAAUUCUGCCUGAAGGCCAGCGCUAAAGGAAAUGUCCCUGAAAACCUUCAAUUCAAAAUUGAACUUUUGUUGGAUAAGCUGAAACAGAAGGGAGCUGUAAGACGAGCAUUGUUUGUACACAACAGGCAGCCCACUCAUUCUAAAAACAUGACAAUAGCCAACGGUGGGAAUAUGCGUUGUGAGGAAUUAAGAGCAUAUUUACGAGAUGAGAGUGAGUUUCGAGAUAAACUUACACCUAUCACGAUCUUUAUGGAUUAUGAAAUGGAUUAUAAAGCUGCUGCUGAUCCAUCUGGAUUAAUGCCUAUCCUUAACCAGCUCACCCCAGCAAACCUAACCAAACAGGCGCAUAUCUUGUUGGACUGCGGUGAUGACAAUAUAUGCAAGCCAAAACUGAUUUUAUCGGUUGUGAGUGAGCAACAGCAAAUCUAUAUUGGAGAUGAUAGCCCCUUGACGUUGUUCGUAGAUGCACAAAAUCAAGGUGAAGGGGCCUAUGAAGCUGAACUUUUUGUCUAUAUACCACCCCAGGCGGACUUCAUUGGAGUUGUCCGAAACAAUGAAUCCUUAACACGCUUGUCUUGUGCCUUCAAAAUAGAAAAUCAGACUCGUCUUGUUGUAUGUGACCUUGGAAAUCCCAUGAAGGCUGGAACAAGGGUCUUAGCAGCCUUGCUGUUUAGUGUUCAUCAGCUAAGUGAGAUGGACAACACUGUAAACUUUGACUUGCAGAUACAAAGUUCCAACCAGUAUGACAAUACCAGUGCCAAACAGUCACUGCGGAUUGCACUGGCGGUUUUGGCCGCAGUUGACAUAAGAGGAGUCUCCACUCCUACGGAAGUCUUCCUGCCUAUUGCAAACUGGGAGCCCAAGGAGAAUCCUGUAACAGAAGAUGACGUUGGACCACUGGUUCAACAUAUCUUUGAACUCAGAAACAAUGGUCCCAGCGCGUUCAGCAAAGCAAUGCUUAAUAUCCUGUGGCCAUACAAGUACAAAAACAAUGACUUAUUGUACAUAGUCAAAUAUGAAAUUGAUGGGCCCAUGGACUGUACUUCUGAUGUCCUGAUCAACCCACUUGACCUCAAACUGUCAACUUCCCAAACGGAUGAGGUUAAAAACGUAACUCGUACGGAACGCAAUAGGCGUGAACUUCCACUGGUUGAGGGCGAACUGCAGACCAUUGGCUGUGGACAAGCACAAUGUCUCAAAAUUGAAUGCCACGUCGAGCGAGUGGAGAGAGGAAAAAGUGCAAUUCUGUACAUUAGAUCAAGAUUGUGGACACCAACAUUUAUGAAUAGUGAGAAUCAGAACCAUUCCUAUUCUUUAAAAUCUUCAGCCACGUUCCAUGUACUAGAAUUCCCGUAUAAGAACAUGAGUCUUCCUGAUAUACACAAUGUUACAGAAGUCACCACAAACAUCCUAUGGGUGAACCAGACGUCCAGUGCUCCCGUACCUGUGUGGGUGAUAGUACUUGCAGUGCUGUCAGGUUUACUACUGUUGGCGCUAAUGGUUUUUAUUAUGUACAAAUUUGGCUUCUUUAAACGUGUCCGGCCUCCUCAGGAGGAGACAGAAACAGAACAGCUUCAACCACACGAUAAUGAAGGAAACACAGAUGCCUGA